UCCUCCCCAACUUUUCUCCCUGUUUUCCACCGUCUCCGUGUAUUUCUCAUAGUACGUCCAACAUACUCUUGCCGCAAUGUAAGCAUGAGGCAACGACUGCUGACCCGUCAUAUUGAUCGACCUGGAUCCGCACUUCGCCUCUAUCCGAUUGCGCGUUUCGGGUGGCGCUUCACAGACUGCGCCGCGACGCCUCGCGACGCUUAAACACGCUAGCAUAGUCGCAACCACUGCACUUGUUUUUACACCGCAUCGUCCUUCUUUACAUGGAAUCGUCCUCCGCCAUGCUGGUGUUGCAGUGAUCACAUAAAUCAACGAGAGUACGCAUAUUUAUCGACGAUAGUGACGGGUGGAUCUGGUCGAAGGGAACCAGACCUUGGAAAUUAGUGUUCCUCUAAUCUUCGUCAAGUUUCCGGUUUCAUUGAACGAUUGAGUAUUCCGGAUUUUCUUCUCACGAAUUGUGAUUUUUUGCCCUGCUCGAAUCCAUCGCGGUGACACAAGGCGUUGCUCGAAUGUGCCUGACAGGAAGAUGAAACCGCGACAUUGUGACGGAACACACGAUCCAAACUGGGACGAUCGUCCGUUCUCAUAGCAGUCCGUCAAUAUCACAAAUUCGAAAUCACAAUUCUCAGAAUUUCUGAGAAUUCUUCUCUUCUCUCUUAACCCCUUCGAAAAUUUAUCUUUUACACGAUUACAAAGGACCAAAAAAAAUCUACGAUCGACGUAUUAUAACGAAGUCGAUCGCCUGACAGGCGAAUGCAACUCCUUGAAUUGUAUCAAAAGCGAAUUCUACCGUAGGGGUAAGAUCGUGACACGGCAUGAGGUUGUACAGGAAAUAAGUGGGAGACUAAGUCACAUUGGAAACAUGUUGCCGAAUUACUUGAUAGGGGCGGCAAUUGUACUUGCGGUUGCCACCGUCUGUCGCGCGGAGUGCCAGACUCGUUCUAUUUAUUGCUACGAAUGCGACUCGUGGACGGAUUUGAGAUGCAAGGAUCCUUUCAAUUACACCGCACUUCCGAGGGAUCAACCGCCUCUUAUGACUUGCAAUGGAUGUUGCGUAAAAAUGGUUCGCAACGCAAAGUCACCGUAUGAGAGCGUGAGGCGGACCUGCACUUCGCAGCUACAGAUAAACUUAUUCAUGGUGGAUCACGUGUGCAUGAUGGAAAGUACCGGCACUGGUCACAUGUGCUUCUGUGAGGAGGAUAUGUGCAAUCGUGUCUCCUCGAUCUCGUGUUCGAAUCCCGCACUCCUGCUGAUCCUGUCGACCAUCCUUGUACUACGCUCGGUCAUCUUAGGGGCCCCAGCUUGCUUUGUAGAACGUUGCAAUGGUCACGUCGUAUAACACUAAUUUAACUCGAUUCACCCGCCAGUGAUUCCGAUCAUAUCCUCCGUAGAAUUUUAGUUUUAGCAGGCGACUAAAAACUCUGUUCGGGACGAGCGAUAGAUGUCCCUUUUCACAUUCCUCGUCGUCCAAACGAAAAUUCGUGUUUUUUUUUUCGUAGAAAGGAAGAGGAUCUUGUCGUAUCGUGAUAUUUGAACGAUUCGACGUGACUUGAGGAUCCUCUUCUUUUUUUUCUUCUUUUUCCUUUUCUUUUCGAAGAUUAUUUGCACCGUGCAUCGCUCGUCCCGAUUCCUUCUUCGGUGUAAACAGUAGCGAAAAAUCUUGACCGUGUAGAUAAAUCAUUCGUCGUUGUUCUCUCUGUCAUUGUCACGAUUUUACGCCUCCUCUUUUUUUUUUUUUUGGCUCCUUUUUAACGAGUAGAAAAAGUAUUCGGUGAACGAGUAUACGAAAUCUAUCAUAGUGUUUUUUAGUAUCGUCAAAAGAUUGAAAUUAUCGACACGUAACGAUGUAAAUUAUCAUUGAAUGAUUCUUUUUAAAUUCAUUCACGGUAGAAUGAAACAAAGAUAGAGAUGAAAUUCUAACUGCCAAGAAGAAAAUCGUGCAUUAUAGAGCCGCGUAAAAAAAAAAAAAAAAAGAAAAAAAUUCUGACGCGUUUCUUUAAAUCGUGAUGCAUUUUCCCCGCGACGAUUUAUUGAUUAUGAAUUAUUUUUCGACGAAGGUUUGCUGCAUGUCCAUUUAAGUAUAAUUAUUUACGUUUACCUUCACUAUUCGUUGAUUGUUUUUAUCCCUUCAAGUGAAUCUGAUGCAUCUUAGAUUAGAAUUGAAAACUCUUCCCUUCUUCACUCCCUCAACUUCAUUUAUUCUUAAAAGUUUCGUUUCCUAUGUUAGAUCACAACAAACAUCUUGACGAUCGAAUCGAGCUGCUCCUGAUAUGUGCGAUAAAAAUAGUUAUAGUUCGUCGUGAUAUUUUUGGAAUGUUUUUCAUUUCAAAGUUCUCUCGCUGGCUUGCCGUUCUGUUCAAUGUAUCUGUUUCCAUGUAUCCGCAGAUUCGUCACUUUCGAUUUCGAGCGAGUGUGAAGAAAAAAAAAAGAUACAGUAGGUACAGUGUUUGCAGCGUUGUUCGAUCAUUGCAAGAUCAUAGGAGUUUAUUGUGUAUAUCAAAUAGCUAUAUUUAUCUCACACGUUUUACCGCUUCCCCAUUGUGAGCACACCUUGCACUGGGAAUGAUGGACUUUUUCCAGACAGAAUUGUUCAAGUGGCGAAGAAUGAAACGAAUUGUGACGCGGAGGGAAAGAAACAGACGCGAUGAACGUCCGUAUUUGCGAACAGACGUCGACGAUGUUGGAGAAUAUUAAACUUUGGAAGGGAGGUUUCAAACGCGUUUCAAAAAUUUAAAAAAUUCCAAAAUUUUGAUAAGAAGAGUACGACAAAUUGGAGAUCCUUUUGUACAAGAUUUCGAUUCUCUUUUAAAGAGAUGAGAUGAUGCUCUUUUAAAGAGUUUCUCUUUUAAACAGCUUUAAUCAUUCAUUCAAAUUUCUGGUACAAGUAUGAUCAACAUUUUCGACGUUGUUUCUUAUCAUCACGUGUCACAAUAAUUCCUGCAUUAAGGUUCUUCGUCACUGAUUGCCCCUUUAUGUGUUUAUCCAUUUGCCAUUUCUUUUACGAGACAUUGAUGUUUUGCGCGCCGUGCAUAAAAAAUUAGCGAAACGGGAAUGGCCCAUGGAGCUUAUAAGUAGAUCACCACGAUCUGGCCGCAUGCCCAUCUGAGAACAACAUCGUGAGAAAAGCAACGACUGGAGCCGGCGAGGAUCGACACCAGCAGAUUUUUCGAGUUGUUCUACGUUUUUCCAGUUGUUGGAAUCGAGCGCGUGUAACUUUCUCGAUCAAUACGUUUCUCGAUCAAGUUUCGAUUCAACAUCUGUUCAUUUUAACUAUUCGAAUAUUUUUCAUCUCGUCUCAACAAUCUUUAAUAAGUAUUGCAAUUAUUAUAUCUACUUCUUAUUUCGAUAUCUUAAAAUCUCAACAAAGAAUUGAUAUAUUUUAAUUUGAUAACAGUUAAAGAAAUCAAGAUCGAUUAAUAAUUGACUCAAGUGUUUUAAUUCAAUAAUGACGAAUUGAUCGUGGAACGGCACACGCGCACGGUACGACACGGUAGUAUUAGUGAGUUCUGCAACUACAUAUCUAACAAAAGCGUUUCCACACGUAGAAGGAAGAGAAGUUCGAGCAUGGAACUGUAGCACUUUUCAGUAACAGUGUGGUUUGAAAGUCACGGCAGAGGAAACUUAAACGACAACCCCUCCCCAUGGACGUGAAACCUUUGCUCAAUCGAAAUUGUCCAGACCUAUCGUCGUCAUGUAUCGCCCCUCGCCCCUUAUUUUCCUCUGUCCCGCGACUUUCGUGUCGCAACGCAGUAAAACACCUUGCAUGACACUUGCAUGAAUCUGUUAUUAGUGAUUCUGCGAAAAAUCUGGGUAUCCCGUAGUCGUUGCUUCCAAUAGGAAACAGACAUUUCCAAACUCUCUUUCAUUUUCGAGAAAAUAAUCAUGAAAAAUUAACAACGAUAUAUAUAUAUAUAUAUAUAUAAAUAUAUAUGUCGAAUAUCAGAGAUAUAUCAGAGAUAUCAGAUUUGUCUGUAUCCCCGACGAGGCCCGGCUCCGAAACAGAACAACCCUCUGUAACACAAAAACCUUCCACCCCGACGAAUGCAACGCGAGGCAGAUCGAACUAACGGAAAAAGCACAACGUGGGCCUUCAGCUUCGAUCGUGCCACGCCAUCGUUUUAAUCGAAUAAGCGGAAGUGAGGGGCGGCGCGCUUUCAGGCUUUCCGGAAGUCGGGUUGUAAAGGGUCCUUGUAUCGCGCCAUGACUCCAUUAUUAUGCAGCGCACGCAGCGAAGAGCUCGAUCGACGAAAAGAAAGACGACCAAGGACUCGUUCGAUUUUUUCGAAUCGAGAUCAGCUUUAAGACCCACGCCAAUCGUCCGAAAGGCGAUUACGGUUACAUAUCUUGCUGUUUCCAGGAUAUGGCUGGCACGGCCAAGUUGAACGCGCAUGUCCUCACAGAGAGGCUUCCUGUGUGUGAAGCCUCUUGCCAAACAAGCUUCGGUGCUUGCUUGAGUUAAAAGCGAGCUAACCGGUGUUUCUCUGGCAAGCCAUGCGGCUCGUGUCGCGUCAUUUGUUCAUUGUCGCACGCGCGGCUGCGAGGCUACCUUCUCUACUCUCUAUUAUUCUCUAUUCUCUACAAUUUUUAAUUUCACUUAUGCGUUUCUCUUCUAUCCGUCUGCCCCUUUUUAUUUCCAGUUUGUCAUUGCGCGACCGAUCCACUAGCAUCUUCUAUGGAUUGGAGCGAAUAUGGAAGAUCGAAGAUGAUUGUGUUGAGAAUGUGUAAGAAUCUGGUAAGGGAGGUAUUGGUCUGGUUGAAACGCAGAGAACCGUACCGAUAUAUAUUUUUCUUUCUUUCUGUGCGUAAAGAGAAUUUCUUUUCUUUUCUCCUCCAAUUUGAAACGAAUUCUUUCCCCCUCUUCCCCAAUCCGAUUUUCUAAUUUGAUUUUCGUAUUAUCAAGAUUAAAAAAAAAAAAAAUGCGAAAGCAUGAUGAAGUAGAAAAGAAUGCGACAGGCAGGAGAGGGGAGCAGCAAUGACAACACUGACGUCAGCAUGUGACACGAGUGAAUCUCCAUUUUUAAGUUUGGCCUCGCAGCUGGAAAGUAUCCACGUAACGCUACCGAUACAACUAUAUAUACUACCAUGCGAAGUAAUGGCGGAUGCGCUGAGCCGAAUCUUAAACAGCUCGAUCGAACUUGAACUGGAUUCUAAAUAAUUAGAAUUCUAUUUUAUUUAGACGAAUGAAAUAAAUUUCUUUUCUUUUUUUUUUUUUUUCGUACAGUUUUUCUUUGUAACUUCUAACAAUGAAUACUUUUAACAAUGUUUCAGAACGUCAGGCAUCAGAGUUCCGUUCACCUCGAUCGAGACUGUUUCAGUUUUCGGCAAUGAGAACAAAAAAAUGACACAAUGGGAUCGAUACUUUUUUUUUUACCCGCCUGUUUACACGAAAAGCUAAUAAUCCAAGUGCUUGCAUAAGAAUCGAGGUGAUAUCAUUUUAUUCGAUGUACACACACAAAAAUUUGUCUCUGUUCAAAGAUCGAUGUGUUACGAUUGCGCCAAGAUAAGAUGCCAAUCUUAUAUAUCACAUACGCUCUGAAACACUUUUUAUCUCGAUGUUUUGAUGAUGAACAUUGGCCAUAAAUUGAAUGACGUAUGAUCAAUAUAUAUAUAUUUUACGAUGCAAGUGUCAACAAUCCUCCCUUAUGUCUCUCCACGUGUAUCGAUGUGUAUCGAUUUUGUGAUGAUCGUUGCCCCGAAAUGUUUAUUUAUUUUUUAUUUUUUUCUUUAUCACUUGUUGGCUCUUCGUUCAUGUAUCAGUUCAGUUGAUUUUAUUAAAAAAAAAAAGAUUUGA